AUGAAAAUUAUACUUAUCAUUCUAAUACUUUAUUUCUUCAUUAAUUUAAUAUCAGUCGUUCAAUGGUUCAACUUUCCAUUGAAUAAACUCUCAAAAUUAAUAAUUUAUUCAUCGAAUAUUUAUCAUUCAAAUUUUCAUCUCCAACAAUUUACACCUGAUCAACAGAAUCAUGUGCGUCCUUUUAAUAGGACCAUUGGUCAAGUUAUGAUUGCCUCUAACAAGAACUCUAUAAUUCGUUUACUUCUCCAAAAAUUUCACAUUCGCCCAAUAUAUCGUUUUAAUGAUACUGGUUUUGUUUAUUAUCAAAAUGAUAAUAUCACAAAGAAAAGUAACCAAACAAUUCUAUAUCAACAACAACAUCAGUUUUUCGAUAACCUUGUAACUUUUCAUCCAGUUAAUCGUGUCAAUAAUAAUACAUAUACAAACAUCAUUGAUCCAAGAUUUCGCUUUUUUCUUUCUAUUGCUAAAAAAACUACAACAACUGGUAAUCAUGUUGAUCGUCGUGUUUUCCCUCGAGUUCUAUUAUUAAAAUUGAUUGCUGCUGCCUUAAAACAUAAUAAUUCAUCGAUUAUUAAAAAUAAAAUUCAAUCAUUUCGAGCUCAAUCUGUACUGGAAAAAGCAAUUAUAAAACGUACAAAACAAACUCUUCAAGAUUUUACAACAAAAGCAACUAACAAUAAUGGUCUUCAAUAUCAACGACGUAUUUUAGACGAUUUUUACAAUCAACAACAAUUAAGAACAUUUGAUCAAAAUACGAAUGAGAGAAAUGCUACAGAUAUUCAUUUAAAUAUGAAUUCAGUUUUGAAAAAACGAAAACCACGAACUGAAGAGGAUAAUAGUUCAUCGAAAAUAUUUAAUAAUAUGAUUUUCGUACGAGAUGCACCUGUAAAUCAAGAAAAUUUUAAUCAGUAUUAA